CCCUGCGGCCGGGGCUCGGAGCUCGGCGGCCGGGCCGGGGCGACGCGGAGCCGGGCUUCAGCCGGGGCACGGGGUCGGUGUCCCCGCCGCGUCUCCGCACCAGACGGUUGAGACGAGGACGACCUGCUGCAUCUCCACCAACAUGGUUCCAUCAUGAGCGAGCAGCCGCUGGACCUCUGGUUCUGUGAGGACUGUCAGGACUAUUUCCAGAAGGAGUGUCCGUCCCACGGGCCCCCGCUGUUCGUCCCCGACACCCCCGUGACUCCGGGGACGGCCAACAGGGCGGCGCUCACCGUCCCAUCCGGCCUGGAGGUCUUCACCGAGGGGGACGAGGUGGACGUUCGCUGUCUGGAUGCGACCAUCCCGAAGGGGGCGCUGUUCGGUCCCUACGAGGGGGAGCUGGUGUCCAAAGACAAAUCCUCCGGCUUCUUCUCCUGGAUCGUUGUCGAUGCAAGCAACACGUAUCAGUCCAUCGAUGGCAGCGAUGAGACCAAAGCCAACUGGAUGAGGUUUGAUUCAUUUACCAUCAAAAGCUCAGAAUCCACACUGAUACACAUCAUAAAGAAGAUAAAGUGCACUGUUGUAUUAGAAAAGAUGGCCGAGGAUGGAGUUUG